AGUUGCAUCGGUAUUGCGUUGCCAGUCUGCGAAAACGUUUCCGCCUGUAGCGACGGAGGCUGAAACAAAGAGCCGACAGCUCUCGUGAUGGACUUCCGACUAAGAUUCCUAGCAGUUGUUGUACUGUUUUCGUUUGGAGAUGGAAAGACGCCACUCUACAUUGGAGGAAUGUUGCCCAUCUCUCCCAAUCCAUUUGUGUUUUCUAUAUAUUCAGAACCCGCGGUGCGUUUGGCUAUCGAUCACAUCAACAAUAACACAGAGAUUCUUCCAGAUCAUCAUCUCGUGCUGAGACUCAAUGACUCGCAAUGUAAUGUCGGUUUGGCAUUGUAUCAAAUGAAUCGUCUAGUGACAGCAUCAAAAGAAAUCAAAAUUGCCUUGUUAGGGGAGGCCUGCUCUCCUGUCACUCAACCAUUAGCUGCCACAUCAUCUUAUUGGAAUAUUCCUCAGUUCAAUUUUUUGUCUGGUUCUGAGAAACUGGAGAAUAGGAUAACUUAUCCAAGAUAUUUUCACAACAAUCCUACUGCUAAUAGUCUCAAUCCAGCUAGGACUUAUCUGUUGAAGAGUCUCAAUUGGAAAAAGUCUAUUAUUAUAUUUGAAUCAGCUGAUCUCUUUACACUUAAUGCUAGGGAUUUAAGAGAGCAGGUAAUGAGAGCUGGUGGCUUAGAGAUGCCAAUUAUUCGAACACUGCCAGAUUCCAAUAAUUUUUCUGAGUUGGCAAAGUUUGUGAAGAGUACAAACGUUUAUGUGAUUUUUGGUUUGUUCUAUGAAGAAACAGCUCGUCAAGUCGUUUGCACGUUUUACCAGAACAGUGUUCAUGCUCCAACCUACGUGUGGAGUUUUGUCAGUUGGUAUCACUCUCCAUAUUGGUACAUGAAUAACAAUGAAGCUGUGAACUGCACAACUGAGGAAAUGAAGAAAGCAGUCAACGGUCACUUUACUUUUGGUGAUGUGCAGUUGAGACCCGAUACCAAUGUGACCACAAUGACAGGAAAGAAUGUCACUGAAGUUGCUUUGGAAUUUCAAAAGGUAGCAAACAUAACAGCUGAAACUCCAAUUUCAGAGACAUUUAGAAAAUACAGUGCUUUCGGCUACGAUGUGAUCCUUGCAAUAGCACGCAUGCUUGACAUGGCGGUUCAUAAAUUUACAGCAUCGGGAGAGAUAGAUAGAAUAAAUAACUUUACAUAUGAGGACAGCUAUGUGAUGGAAGUUUUUGAGAAGAUUUUAGAGAGCAGCAGCUUUCCAUUUGAAGGCCUUACGGGACGUGUGGUAUUAUAUAACUUGCUUACACCCAAUGAGAAGCGGAAGAUUGGCACAGUACAGAUUGAUUACAUUGAAACAAAUAAUGCAAAUGUGACAAAUGGUCACAGGACAACUAUUGUUGGUUUGUAUGAAAAUGGUCGGUAUGAGAUUGGUAAAGGACGCUUGACAAAUGGAGUCGGACUCAACAACAUUCCAUGGACAACUCUUGAUGGCAGCAUUCCAGUAGAUGCUCCUCAGACAAAGGUUAAAUUACGUGGAAAAGAGGCAUUCAUAGCCAUUGCAGUAAUUGAUAGCAUCUGUAUUAUUCUUGCACUAAUCUUACUAUUUUAUGUUGUUAGUCAUCGGAAACACAGUGUGAUGGUAAAAUCGUUUUCCUCUCUCAAUCAACUAAUUAUUGUUGGAGCCUUGUUUGUAUACACAAAUGUGAUCUUGUACGGUCUUGAUGGACAAUUUUUUGAGUUCAAGAGUUCAUCAGUAUCAACUUGCUUUGUACGAAAUUUGCUAUGGGCUGUCGGAUUUACUUUUUUAUUUGGAAGCAUACUAGUAAAGACAGUGACCAAACUGAUGAAACGAUCAGCUGCUGUAAACUUGUCUGUUGAUUCACUGUUGCUGAUUAUUGGAAGUUUGACAUUCGGAUUUCUUCUUCUAAUUGACUGCAUCUUGUUCUCACUCUGGUAUGGAUUUAAUCCAUGGAAGGAAGGAAAACAAAUACUUGAGAGUACUACUUUUCAAACGGAUGUUCGUGUGAAGUGCAUCAGUUCCAACCAGGAGCUUUGGACUUCUGGAUUGAUUGUUUUCAAAGUUAUUGUUAUGUUUAUAUGUGCUGUUGCUGUCAGCAUUCGUAUUAAGGCCAGAGGUUACAAAGAACAAGGGACAAGCGACUCACCACACAUUGAUAUACUUGCAGUGGGCAGUAGCUUUGGCUUAGCAAUGGCUGGUUUUGGCUUUACAUUUAUUGACAAUCCAGUUGAAGAGUUUUUGUUAGUGUCACUAACACUGAUAGGAUUAGUCACUCUGUUACUGACACUUUUGUUUCAUCGAAAGAUAUACUGGAUAUGGAAUGGUCGAGAGGAAGCCGCAGUGAGGCAGGAUGGAAACAAAGAUCCGAUGAUGAAAUUGGCAGAGGCUGAGUUAGGAGAUUUGAGACAAAGAAGUCGAGAUCUAAGGAUAAUUUUAGAGAGGAUUGUGUAUGAGAGUUCUGGAGUCAGUGAUAUGAUGAGGGAUGAAGUGACUAGAAUUUUGAGGAACGAUCGUCUUACAGACGCAGACGGCAGUGACAUUAGCACAGUUGUUGUUUGUAAUCCUUCUGCUGACAGUACCAUGUAGAUGUCAAUAGAUGUUUUUGUAGUUAACGUUAUAGUUUUCAAGGUGUUUAGGGCAGCUGUUAGAACUCUAGCUACCGUAUAUAUGUAUACUAGUAGUAGAUAAUGGCACACACGAAGAUUGAUUUUUA